CCCCCUCGCUAGCGGGGCUCUAAAAGCGCGGCUGUGUACUCGCUUCGUGGAUUGUGGAUUUCGAAGUACUUUGUCUUUGUAAUAAGUUCUCGUUGCUGUUUGUCUCGCUCGAUUGUAUUUUGCCGUCUUUACACCCUAUUCCGCGAUACGAGGUUGUCGAGAGAAUGUCUAGAAACCGCAUCGAAGAAUCUUCGCCCGUAUUCCCAACCUUCGACAUGUUCGAUACGGAAUACCCGUGGAGUGGAAUUUACGUGUUCCCUCCGGCAGUUAAAUGUGAGCGGAGCGGGAUGCGCCGAGCAUGGUCGGAAUCGAGCGGAGACAGCGAGUACACGACCGGAUCUCCUUCUCCGCCGGCUAGGGCACCGCCAACCGAUUCGUUCUUCUGCGAUUAUUCGCACGAUAUGGUUGACGGAAUUAAGAAAGUUCUUCUGAAACCUCUCGAUGCCGUGGAGAGCGUAUCGGUGCCGUGUCCCGCCGUAGGACCCCGACUGUGGCUGGACGCCGACUUCGACAGCAACGGUCGACUGCUCGAAGAGAAAUAUAACUUCGAAAGUCUGGAACGCUAUAUUGCAAAAAUGGAGCAGGAGAAGUAUGUGAAGAAAGCGGCACGUAGACAACAUGGUGCACACAUGCAGGUGUGCGUUUUCUGUAAGAAGAAUGGAGAGUGUGAAGACUACUACCAGAACCACCAGUUGAAAGAUGGCUCUGGUCGCGUCACGUGUCCCGUGCUAAGGCGCUACACCUGCCCGCUCUGUGGUGCGAACGGUGACAAGGCCCACACCAUCAAGUACUGCCCGAGGGGCAGUGGGUCCGCUGGCAGCACCAUCGCCGCUGUAAAGUCGGGACGCAACUCCUCUGGCCGGAGACACCCGCACUCCCAGCAGGAUGUGCGCUCGCGCUGCGAUUCUCACAGCGGGCAUUUCUGAAUCGGUGCAUCGUCGCGUGGGUGCAACUCUGGGAGCAAGUCCAGUUGGAAUUCUGGUCUUCGUGCGGAAGACGGGUAAACACUCACCAGGGGGUGUGCUAUAGUGAGUCUAUAAUUUUAACGUGUUUAUCCGACUCGCCCCCAAUUGUGUUUUAGCAAUGUUUGUGGUUGCUGAGGUAAUGUAUUAUCAUGUAUUUUAUUAUUAUUUAGUAUUUUGUAUAUAAUUAUUAUUACGUAGGUAGGUGGUGUAUUUACUGAUUGUGUUCGUUUUAGGGUUUUUCAAGAGCCGUUUACACUGUAAUAUAUUUGUGUCGCAGAAUAAACCACUGGCUAUAAACGAUGAUUAUAAUAUUAUUGUACGAUGGUGUAAUACUAGUGUUUCGAGUAGUAUUAUCAUUCCCAGUUAGGGUAAUGAAAUUUCAGGCAUUGAUUCGUGAUUGCAACUUUUACUUUGCUUCUCGUUUGUUUGCGUUUGUCAAGUUGCCUGUGACAAGUAAGUAGUAUACACAUGUAAUUUUAAUGCGUAAUUCUUUUGGGUUAUACGACCGAAAUUUUUAGAGAGUGCAAAUCAAGUAUACUGCUGUGUCAAGAUUUUGUCCCCAGUCAACCCGACGCAGUGUGCGUAGCUGGGCUGCAACGAGCAACCUGUGUUAUUUAGUGUAUAUACUUUUUGUUUUUGAUUAGAAUGUUGUGUAGGUAAUAAUAAUAUGACAUGUAACGGACUGCUACAGAGGGACAAGGGAAAUUGGUAUUGCAGUUAUCACUUGCGACAUCAAUGUACGCAUUAUUUCGGAUUAUUAAUAUAACUCUGAAAAGACA